UGUCAUUGGAGCUGUUGUCUCGCGAUCUCCCUAUUUAAUAUCUAGACUGCUUUCUCGCCAUCCCGCAUCCUUUUCGCCUGCUCGCAGUUCAUCGGGUUUUCUCAACCUCCUCCCCUCCCCCACCUCCGGCGCCGACACUAACUACUACUUGACCGAUUUCUCCCUCUCUCUCUUUUCUCCCCCGCCAGAAACCCCACCCGACAACCCAAUUCAAAACUCAUCACCCUCGGAUUCCGCCAUGUCGUCCCUCAUCGAGAUCCCCUCGGAGGCCGACUUCGUCUCCCACCUGAGCGCCCUCCCUCCCACCUCUCUGCUCGUCCUCUACUUCCACGCCCCAUGGGCCGCCCCCUGCGCGCAAAUGCGCGCCGUCCUCUCCGCCCUCGCCUCGCAGUACCCGGUCACCUCCCCGCCGUCGCUCUCCUUCGUCAGCGUCAACGCCGAAGAACUCCCUGACAUCUCCGAAGAAUACGACGUCACCGCCGUCCCCUUCGUCGUGCUCCUCCGCAAUGGCUCCGUCCUCGAAUCCAUCUCCGGCAGCGAAGCCACCAAGGUCCGCGACGCCGUCGAGCGCCACGCCGGCGCUGCCAACCCCGCUGCCUCGAAGGCCCCUAACACCCUCAUCCCGCCGCCCUUGUCCGCCGUGCCGCGCGAGAACGGCCCCGCGACCGCUACCCAGCCCCCUGUCAACGCGAACGUGUCCCCCGAAGAGUCCAAGGAGGCGCUGUUCGCCCGCCUCGCGGAGCUGGUCAAGGCCGCGCCCGUCAUGCUCUUCAUGAAGGGGACGCCCAGUGCGCCGCAGUGCGGGUUCAGUCGGCAGCUGGUGGGCAUCCUGCGGGAGCGCAGCGUCAAGUACGGGUUCUUUAAUAUUCUGGCCGAUGAGGAUGUGCGCCAGGGUCUGAAGGAGUUCGCGGAGUGGCCGACUUUCCCCCAGCUGUGGGUGAGUGGGGAGUUGGUCGGUGGGUUGGAUAUUGUCAAGGAAGAACUGAACAAUGAUCCCGACUUCUUGACUGAUUACUCCGUCAACAAGUCUUCCGUUGCUGCUUGAGUUAUUCGUUAACUCUCAUCUUUCUUUUUCUGCCUUUUUUUUUUUUUUUUUUUUUUUU